AUGAAUACUCGAAGUGGACAACGAUCACUGAGUGGUCAACACCAUCCAGAAAUGGAUGAGAUUAUUGUGGAAGAUGAAGACACGGAGAUGUCGCAGUACGGCAUUACACCUGAAGAGGACGAAGAUGAAGAGGUGGAGGAGGAGAUUGUCGGCGAAGAGGGCAUCGUUAAGCCAUCGAUGAUCGGUACACGCGCUGAGAAGUCACUGGGUCUGCUCACACAACGAUUCUUGCGAUUGCUGCAGACUACACGCAGCGGUAUUGUUGACUUGAACACGGCUGCUGAAGACUUAAACGUAAGACAGAAACGUCGUAUCUAUGAUAUCACAAACGUCCUCGAAGGUGUUGGCUUGAUUGAGAAAAAGUCAAAAAAUAUCAUUCAAUGGAAAGGUGGUGAAUUGCGUAAACCAGGUGUGAAGGAGCUAAAACCUGAAGAAGAAGAGCGCUUGUUCAAGUUGAAAUUGGAGUUAGCAGAUCAGGAACGGGAGGAACGUCUUUUGGAUACACACUUGAAAUGGUUAAAGCAGGUAAUUAUCAUAUGUUUUUUAAACGAUGCGAUAAAAUUUUGCUCGACGUAG